UUGCUGAAAGGAAGAAUCGAUAACUAGGACAACACGCCAAUUCGCCAACACUUAUGCGAAAAAUCCUUGCAUUGUAUAACAUACAACUAACUUGCCAUUUCUGGAAAUCAGAAAUAAAUGCUUAAUUAUUUAUUAUUAAUUGGAAUGUAGAAAGAAUUUGAUGCUGUAGAUCCACAUGUAGAUUAACCAAUAGAUACUUAAUAUAAUUUUCAAUCGAAUCCAUUUUGAAAUCAGAAAGGAAGACGCAAUUCCUGAAGUAGUGAAUUGAGUUCAUUAUAAUCCUUAAUAAUCUGUAUCGGAUAAUUUGGACUCUCUCUAGAUCACAAGGAAAUAUAUAAAUUUCUGAAUGCUAAACAUGGGUUGGAAUACCUUCAAAUCACAGUGGAAAGCCUUAGUCAAGAGGAAUUUACUACUGAAAAAAAGAAAUUCUUACCAGUUAAUUACGGCACUUAUUAUUCCUGUCGCAGCAACACUGUAUAUUUUACAUCAAUCCAAUCAACCGUACAUCACAUCUUCAGCAAAGAUCGGAGUUGAGUACGAUUUGCCUCUUAUUUAUCUGGACGAAGACUUGAUAGGGAUACCAAACAACUUUCAUCUGUGUGUGGCUCCCAGUGACAUCGAGGAGCACUUCUUGAGUUCCAUACAAGCAUCGCUGUCUUUGUAUGGGCAGAAAAGAUUUGUGCAAAUUUCUUCGUUAGAAGACGAGAAGCAUUUGAAUGACAGAUUGUUGAAAAGGUAUCAGUAUAAUGCAACAGAAUGUGACGCAGGUGUCACAAUCAUUGGGAAUAUUUCAACAAGUGGAUCCUAUAUUGUUCGAGUGCCAGAUGACGGCUGUUCGCCAGUUUUAGCUCAAUACUGUUCCUAUGGGAUACUGAGUAAUAUUCAACAAGCUGUAGAUAACGCCUUUUUGCAAGAGUGGACCGGUAAUCCCAAUUUCAAACUGCCUUCAGCAAAGGUCCGAGGUCUUAUUGAUGUGCAUGAGACGCCCAGGAACACUAUGUAUCGAGUUGUCAAAUUUCUAUUAUUGGUAAUAUACUUUCCAAUAAUUACGAUUAUCACCGAAAACAUCAUUCACGAAAAGAAUUCGAAGAUAAAAGAAAGUAUGUUUCUGAUGGGAAUGAAACCAUUCCCAUAUUGGUCAGCAUGGCUGUUUUGUGAGAUUGUGGUAAUCAUAAUUGUAAUGUGCCCCGUUUCCAUUGCUCUCUGCGUUGCAAGUGUCUCUCCUAUCCGAGACAUUCUGCUUCAUUUUCUUCUCUGGUUCGGACUUGGAUGCUCUUUGAUGGUUUUCACGAUGACAAUAACACGUUUUUGCACUCAACCGAUGGUAGCAAACACAGUCGCCUUCUCUUUCCUUCUAUCUGCUGUUGCUUCAGAGGCCUUUCAACAGAGAGAAAGCCACGAAGAUAUGAGUAUCAUUGAAUAUUUUGCUAUGUUGGCAUCGCCAGUUGCAUAUGAAAAAGGAUUUAAUAGAAUUAUAAGAGAGCACGAUUACGGAGGAGCUGUACCUGCGAUUUUGAUAAUUUUUGCUGAUCUUAUCCUAUAUUCCAUUGUUGAUGUGAUUCUGGAAAAUUUGUCUCCAUGUGGUGUUACUAUUCCUUGGGGGAAACUUAAACCAAAUGGCAAAAAUUCAAAAGGGGGGAAAACGGAGGAUGUUCAUGAAAACGAAGCUUUUAUUGGCUCAUCGUCAUCCUUGCCCAACCUGGAUCCUUGUAUCAAACUCGAAAAGAUUAGAAAAGCCUUUUCAUCCGGUUUCAAACAGCCAAGAACAAUUGCUUUAGAUGGUGUGACAUUCUCAAUAUAUAAAGGCGAAGUGACGUGCUUAUUGGGUCCCAAUGGAGCUGGCAAAAGCAGCCUCAUGAAAAUUGUCAGUAGAAUACUGUCACCGGAUGAAGGCAAGAUGACGAUCGCAACUUCUUUUCAACUUGGAGUUUGCCCCCAAGAGAAUAUUUUACACGAUGAAUUGAAUGCAUACGAACACUUGCAGUUUUUCGGAAGUCUGAAAGGAAUUCCGAAUGUAGAGUUAGAUUCCAAGGUGACGACACUGCUGGAGAAUUUUGAUUUAUUAUCUAAAAAGGGUACCUGGAGCAAGGUAUUAAGCGGAGGACAAAAAAGAAAGCUGUGUGUUGCCAUUGCCAUGAUAGGUGAACCUGAGGUCCUGCUUUUGGACGAGCCAAGUAGUGGAAUGAGUCCAUAUGGUCGAAGACAAUUAUGGAAUAUGUUGCAAGAGUAUACUAAAUUAGGUCGUUCUGUGCUUUUCACGACUCACUACAUGGAUGAGGCUGAACUCUUGUCUGACAGAAUAGCUCUCUUGAAUUAUGGAAAACUAAAAUAUUACGGCACAACCAUGGACAUAAAGAAGCAGUUUGGUGGAGGUUACCAUGUGAGGAUAUCAUUGCAGUCGGAACCAUCUUUAUACUGCAAAUCAGAAUUAUUGAGUUUAAUCAGCGAUCUCCCAUCUAAACCUAAAGUGAUGUUUACCUCUGAUUCCGAAAUAUUUGUGAAGCUACACUCAUUUGAUGCAGCGUAUUGUGUUGAAUUCUUUAGUAAAAUAGAGGAACAAUACAAAGACAUCGGAUCUGAUUGCUUCACUAUUUGUGUAUCGGCUUUGGAAGAGAUAUUUUCUUAUUUAUCAGAAGAGAACAAGGAACAGGUUUCAGAAGAAAGAAAAACUGAGGAUCCGAAAUUUGAAUACGUCUCAAGCACUUGGACAAACAUCAACGAACUAAUUCGUGCAAGAUGUCGUGUACUCCUUCGCAGUUAUUAUACGUUGUUUCCCAUAAUACUUCCUAUAUUGCUUCUAUCUUGGAACAAACUUUUGUCAAAUGCAACCAGACGAAACACUGAAAUUAGUCCCAGUUUGUAUAAACAUGAAAUUAUACAAGUGAUAAAUGCAACAGGAAUACCAUUAACUGAUUUUGAAAAAGCCCUGUCUAAACUGGAUAUGCAUUUUACUUUAGUCAAUUCUGCGCUCUUUGAUAGAGAAAAGAAUUUCAUUAAAACAGAAGUUAACAAUUACGGAUUUUUCAAUGAAAUGUUGGACGUGAAUUGGAAUUGGACAGUCUCUUUGAGCAACCCCUUUGCUCUUCCAGCACUUCAGAAUUUAAUGUCCAAUAUCUUGUGGAAGACGUUUGAUGAUGAACUGGGAAGAGAAAUAAAGAUAUCAGUGCAGCCAAUCACAAUAAUUGAACAGAAUUUCAGUUUCUUCCAAUCAGAAACAUUCUUGACACUGAUGCACAUUAGCUUGUGUUUGAUAUUUGUCGCCCUAGCCUUAGGUUUAGAAGUAGUUAAGGAAAAAGAGAAAAAUGUCAUUUGGCUCAUCUCAACAACCAGAAAUAAUGCUCUAUCUUAUUGGAUAUCGACCUUUUGCACACACCUUGCACUAUGUUCUGUAUCAUUCUUCGUGAUUCAAAGCAUGCUGUUGAUCUUUGGGGUGUACGUUUUUCAGAAGUUUUCUCUGUGGAUAGCUUUCUAUCUUUGCAUGCCCGGAUGUCUUUUAACUGUGUAUCUCAUGGGUCAGUUCUAUAAAAAUUAUAAGAGUGCUGACAUAGGAAUGACAUUUACGGUAGUUAUAGCUACCACAGCUUUAUUUUUAGCCUUUCUCGCAGCAGUGGCUAAAGAAGUUCCUCACAUUCCCAUUUUGAAUAUCCUGGCUCUAUUUCUUAUCCCAGUCUACGCACCAUUUGGACUAAUUAUCCUUCUUUGUCAAGGUGAAACAGAUGAUUCAGUCACUAGUGGGUACCAAUGGAAAAUUGUUUGUGGACUAAUAAUUCCAUUUAGCAAUUUAAUCUACGGAUUAUUGCUAAUUUAUCUUGGAGAGUGGAUAACAUUUAGAAGGAAAGCGAAAAUACAAUUAAUGAGUCAAGCAACUUGGGACAAUGAGCGCAAUCCAAAGGCUACUGUGGUCUUAAAAUCUAUAAAAAAAGCCUACGUAUCGAAACGAUGUUCUCGCAAAAAGAGAGAAAAUGUGGCAAUUAAAGAUCUGAGCAUGACUUUUCUUGAGGGAGAAAUAUUUGCCCUCAUGGGCAGUAAUGGAGCAGGAAAGAGCACACUCAUGAAACUCCUGUCACUCAAUGUGGGACUGACUUGUGGUGAGAUAAUCAUUCGUGACAAAUUAUUGGAUUCUACCACAUAUUGUGCGGAAGAGAACACAAUAUGGCCCAAUCUGACAGUUGAAGAACACUUGCGAUUGUUUGCAGUUUUAAAUGGGGUUCCAAGAUAUAAUGCGGAAGAUGUUGUCAAUAAUAUCAUGAAAGAUCUUGCCCUGGGAAGUCAUGCGACUAAAAGAGCCAGACACCUAUCAGGAGGAUAUCAAAGAAAGCUAUCUAUUGCUCUAAGUCUUUUGGGCAAUUCCAAACUUGUUCUGCUGGAUGAGCCAACUACAGGAAUGGACCCAGUUUCCAAACAGAGACUCUGGAGUAAACUGCAUAAGGAUUUUCCAUCGACCUCUGACAGAACUCUAAUUGUCACUACACACUCUUCGAAUGAAGCCGAAAUUAAUUGCACCAGGAUUGGCCUAUUCAUAGAUGGCAACCUCAGGUGCUUAGGAACCAGUCAAGCUCUCAAAAAACAAUUCAGUAUUGGAUACGAACUGACAGUUAGACUGAGAAAUGGCGAAAUCGAGAAGUUCAAUAGAUUUCUCAUCUCUGAAAUUCGAGAAGCUUUCGAAAAAUCUCAAAGAGGCUUAACAUUGCAGUAUUAUAUCCCAGCAAAAGCUUUCAAAUCCAUGUCAGCGUUAUUUACUGAAGUUGUGAAAAUUCAAUCAUUUGAUGACGUGGAAGAUUGCUUCAUCACUGAAUGCUCAUUGGAUCAGAUAAUUCUCGAUCUCCUAUCUCAAGCGAAUGCACAAAUUGGAGAUGAGGAAUGCUCUGUGUAGAUCUUAGCUACAAAGUCGAAGAAAAUGUUUGGAGCUUCGAUGGUUUUUCAUGCUUUUUAUGUCUUUCUGGGCCUAUAUACAUGCUCAUCAUUUAUUUUACAAUUUUAUACUUACAAUCGCUUUAAAAGUACAAAUUCGAUUUUUAACUGAACUAUUUUCAGCACAAUGUAUUAAUUUAAUUGCUCAUUCCCUAUCAUAACCUCAUGUUCAGUGUAAUUCGAAGCCUUUCAUUCGAAUCUUGUUAAAACUGCUAGUGUACUUGCGAUUGUCUGUAUGUUUCAAUAAAUAUUUCUUAAUGUCUUUA